CCUCGGAGGCUUCGCAGAGGCUCUCCGCCUGCUGCGCCUCGUUCGUCCCGCCACAGCCUGCGCCCCCGGCCGGGCUCGGCGGCGCUCCCCGGGACCCUCCUGGUUGCGGCGGCUCGGGAGCCUAUGCUGCUGGCCCGGCGCUGGGCCUCAGCCGCCGCCGCAGCCACAGCAGCCCUCCGGGAGUGCGAGGCUUGGUGCCUCUGAGGACGAGAUUUCGGCUGAGGGACGACCCCCGGCCAUGGUGAGGCGGCGGCCGCAGCUCGAGGAUCAAACAGAGCAUACUGAAUCAGCAGGAUCAGUUGAUGGUGCAGCAAGCAUCAUGAAUAAGCACAGAGAAGGUUGUUUAUCAUGUGUGUAAGGAGGAAAAGGUUUAAACAAGUCUCUUAAGCAGUGUUUUCUCACUGAUGGAGAAUUAUUUCCAAGCAGAAGCUUACAACCUGGACAAGGUAUUAGAUGAAUUUGAACAAAACGAAGAUGAAGCAGUUUCUCCUACUUUAUUGGAUACAAAGUGGAAUAAAAUUCUAGAUCCUUCUUCUCACCGACUGUCAUUUAACCCUGCAUUGACCAGUGUGAAUGAACCUGCAGUUUCUAAUGAACCAGGACCACAACUGAAAGUCUUUUCUCUGGCUUGUUCAGCUCCCCUGACGAGGGAGCGAGAAGACUGUCCUGAUAACCAACAGGACUGUGAUUUAAAUCCAGAGAUUGCCACGAUGUGGAUUGAUGAAAAUGCUGUUGCAGAAGACCAGCUUAUUAAGAGAAACUAUAAUCGGGAUGAUCAGUUUAGUGCUGUUGAAGUGGGAGAGGAGAAAUGUGGAAGCCUACCUUGUCUGCCAGAUGAGAAGAAUGUUCUUGUUGUAGCUGUCAUGCAUAACUGUGAUAAAAGGACAUUACAAAGUGAUUUGCAGGACUGUAAUAAUUACAAUAGUCAGCCCCUCAUGGAUUCUUUUAGCUGUUCACUGGAUAAUGAAAAUAGACAAAUUGAUCAAUUUAGUGUCAGUAUGAAUGGGUCCACUGAAAAAAGUAUGAACUCAGAAAAACAAAUGGAUGCUUUGAAUAGACCAAAACCAGAGGGGGAUUCUGUUAAUCAUCUAUGUACUGCUUCAUCUAAUAGUGUAGCCAGUGUCUGUUCCCCUUUACAAUUAAAGGAUGAUGAAAAUAUAGCUCAAGACCUCUCCGUGUCUGCAAUUACAAGUUUAACAGUUAGUCCAGUAAUCUCAUCCCAGGGAACAGAUGGAGGAUAUGUCAUUAAAAAGCAAGAGAAUUACUUACCAGAUGAGGACCUCACUGGCAAAAACACCUCUCCUAGGACAGACCUAGGGAGCCCUAGCUCCUUUCCUCACUCAGGUGAGGAGAUCUUGACAAAAAAGGAGCCAGCAGAAGAGAGAACAACAGAGGAAUCCCUCCCAUCUGGUUUAUCUUUGAGUCUCAAACCAGACAUACCUGAUGGGUCUGGAAGGGAUAAAUGUGAACAGUCUUCAGAUUGCCUUGUGUCUAAUGAAGUUAGGGCUGAUGAAGAUGAAGGUUAUGGGCAGGAAGAAAUUUUUGGCACUACAGAAUUUCUUAAUGUGACAGAGCAUUUCUCUGACUCUCAGGUGACUCAUUGGAAAUUGACAAAGUUAAAUGAGAUAAAUGAUAGCCAAAUAAAUGAAGAGAAUCAGAAGGCUUUACAAAUGAGCCAGCCUGAGAACACAGAUGGCAAUAGUGGAGGAGAAUAUGUUGGAAUGGCGGGUGCAGGUCUGGAUUCCAAAGGAACUUGCAUGAGUGAAAGUGAAGGGUGUGACUUCUACAUUGUUAAUGACACACCAGCAGCAAAUUCUCUGUCUAAUGGUUAUGAUUCCUGUGGAAUGCAGAGCCCAGUUGUUUCUUUUGUUCCAAAGACUCUACCCUCCAAAGAAGAUUCAGUAACAGAAGAAAAGGAAAUAGAGGAGAGCAAGUCAGAAUGCUACUCAAAUACUUAUGAACAGAGAGGAAAUGAGGCCACAGAAGGGAGCGGACUACUUUUAAACAGCACUGGAGACCUAAUGAAGAAAAAUUAUUUACCUAAUUUCUGUAGUCAAGUCCCUUCAGUGCUUGGUCAAUCUUCCCCCAAGAUAGUAGCGAACCUACAAUCUAUCAGUGUUCCUUUUGGUGGUGCAAGACCCAAGCAACCGUCUAAUCUUAAACUUCAGAUUCCAAAGCCAUUAUCAGACCACUUACAAAAUGACUUUCUUGCAAACAAUGGAAAUAAUAUUAAAAAUAAAAAUGAUAUUCUUGGGAAAGCAAAAUUGGGGGAAAACUCAGCAACCAAUGCAUGCAGUCCGUCUUUAGGAAACGUCUCUGUGGCUGAUGCACAUGGGGAACGUUUAGAAAGUUAUGAGGCUGAGAUCUCCAGUAGACCAUGCAUUGCAUUAGCUCCAGAUAGUCCAGAUAAUGAUCUCAGAGCUGGUCAGUUUGGAAUAUCUGCCAGAAAGCCAUUUACCACCCUGGGCGAGGUGGCACCAGUAUGGGUACCAGAUUCCCAGGCUCCAAACUGCAUGAAGUGUGAAGCACGUUUUACUUUCACCAAAAGGAGGCAUCAUUGCAGAGCAUGUGGGAAGGUUUUUUGUGCCUCCUGCUGCAGUCUAAAAUGCAAACUGUUAUACAUGGACAGAAAGGAAGCUAGAGUGUGUGUAAUCUGCCAUUCAGUGCUGAUGAAUGCUCAAGCCUGGGAGAACAUGAUGAGUGCCUCAAGCCAGAGCCCUAACCCUAACAAUCCUGCUGAAUACUGUUCUACUAUCCCUCCCUUGCAGCAAGCUCAGGCCUCAGGAGCCCUGAGCUCUCCACCUCCCACUGUGAUGGUACCUGUGGGAGUUUUAAAGCACCCUGGAACAGAAGUGGCUCAGCCCAGAGAGCAAAGGAGAGUUUGGUUUGCUGAUGGGAUCUUGCCCAAUGGAGAAGUUGCUGAUGCAGCCAAAUUAACAAUGAAUGGAACUUCCUCUGCAGGAACCCUGGCUGUGUCACAUGACCCAGUCAAACCUGUAAUGACCAGCCCUUUACCAGCUGAGGUGGAUAUUUCUCUAUUCUCUGGGAGUAUAACUCAGGCUGGAAGUCCAGUUGGAAGUGCAAUGAACCUUAUUCCUGAAGAUGGCCUUCCUCCCAUCCUCAUCUCCACUGGUGUGAAAGGAGAUUAUGCUGUGGAAGAGAAACCAUCACAGAUUUCAGUCAUGCAACAACUGGAGGAUGGUGGUCCUGAUCCACUUGUAUUUGUUUUAAAUGCAAAUUUAUUGUCAAUGGUUAAAAUUGUAAAUUAUGUAAACAGAAAGUGCUGGUGUUUCACAACCAAGGGAAUGCAUGCCGUGGGUCAAUCUGAGAUAAUCAUUUUGCUGCAGUGUCUACCAGAUGAAAAGUGUUUGCCAAAGGAUAUCUUUAAUCACUUUGUACAGCUUUAUCGGGACGCUCUGGCAGGGAAUGUUGUGGGCAACUUAGGACAUUCUUUCUUCAGUCAAAGUUUCCUCGGCAGUAAAGAACAUGGUGGAUUCUUAUAUGUGACAUCCACCUACCAGUCACUGCAAGACCUAGUACUUCCAACCCCACCUUACUUGUUUGGGAUUCUCAUCCAGAAAUGGGAAACCCCUUGGGCCAAAGUGUUUCCCAUUCGACUGAUGUUGAGACUUGGAGCUGAAUAUCGACUUUACCCCUGCCCACUGUUCAGUGUCAGAUUUCGGAAGCCAUUAUUUGGAGAGACUGGGCAUACCAUCAUGAAUCUUCUAGCAGACUUCAGAAAUUACCAGUAUACCUUGCCAGUUGUUCAAGGUUUGGUGGUUGACAUGGAAGUUCGAAAAACAAGCAUCAAAAUUCCAAGCAAUAGAUAUAACGAGAUGAUGAAAGCCAUAAACAAGUCCAAUGAACAUGUCCUGGCAGGAGGAGCCUGCUUCAAUGAGAAGGCAGACUCCCAUCUUGUCUGUGUGCAAAAUGAUGAUGGAAACUAUCAGACCCAGGCCAUCAGUAUUCACAAUCAGCCCAGGAAAGUGACUGGUGCCAGUUUCUUUGUGUUCAGCGGCGCUCUGAAGUCCUCUUCAGGAUAUCUUGCGAAGUCCAGUAUUGUGGAAGAUGGUGUGAUGGUCCAGAUCACUGCAGAGAACAUGGAUUCCUUGAGGCAGGCACUUCGAGAGAUGAAGGACUUCGCCAUCACCUGUGGGAAGGCAGAUGCUGAGGAUUCCCAGGAGCAUAUCCACAUCCAAUGGGUAGAUGACGACAAGAAUGUUAACAAGGGAGUCGUAAGUCCAAUAGAUGGGAAGUCCAUGGAGUCUAUAACAAACGUGAAGAUAUUCCAUGGAUCAGAAUAUAAAGCAAAUGGAAAAGUCAUCAGAUGGACAGAGGUGUUUUUCCUAGAAAACGAUGACCAGCAUAAUUGCCUGAGUGACCCUGCAGAUCACAGCAGACUGACAGAGCAUGUUGCCAAGGCGUUUUGCCUUGCUCUCUGUCCUCACCUGAAGCUGCUAAAGGAGGACGGGACAACUAAACUGGGACUGCGUGUGACACUGGACUCAGAUCAGGUUGGCUAUCAAGCAGGGAGCAAUGGCCAGCCUCUCCCCUCGCAGUACAUGAAAGAUCUGGACAGCGCCCUGGUGCCCGUGAUCCAUGGAGGGGCCUGCCAGCUCAGUGAGGGCCCUGUCGUCAUGGAGCUCAUCUUUUACAUUCUGGAGAACAUCGCAUAGAUGAAGACUGCAUUUUUUUCUGUUUUGACCUGUGGCAACUGCCAGCAGUCAUAUCUAAAUCAUUUGCACUUUAAAACUGGAAGACUAAGCUUUUGUUAACACUACCAGUGGGAAGGGGGCAGGGUGGGAUUAAGGGUUUAGGGGAAAUGGGGUGGGAAGGGUGGUUGGGGGGACAGAAGUUCCAUAAUUCUAAGUCUUCUAUGCAUUGUCCACCAAGAAGACCUGGGCAGCUUCUUACUGCACAACAGUUAUGCCAUCUUUGCAGCUAAUCCCCCUCUGUUACUGUCUUUUAAGAUUACUUACAGUCAUGUGCUCAGAAAUGCUUACAUGAGUGCAACCAUCACCACCUCAGGGUGGGAGGGCAGAAGGGAAAUAAACAAUGAAGCAUCACCUUUGCACUUCUCGUACAGGAUUGGCAUGAAAAGAAGAAUCCCAUACUGAUCUAGGCCAGGUUAUAUCCUAGCUGCUUGUCAAGGAGAAUCCUAUUUUGUUUAUUGUUUUUUCAGAUUACUCAUUGAAACGAAUCAAAAGAAAGGGGUAACAACGUAAACCAGGUCAUUUGGAAAGCAGAGUGCAGAAUCACUCAAUAUCUGCCCAAGUGAAUGGCAGUUAAUAAUGGAGACUUUCGUGACACCUGACAGAGACUCAAGGGAUUUUUACUUACUAUAGGCUAGAAAUAUUUUUGAACAUUUUAUUGAGAAAUCAUUUAAACUUCCAGGAAAGUUUCAAAUACAAAACAAACAAAAAAACUAACUCACAUCCUCUUAGCCCAGCCUCAUGUACUGUUCACACAGUAACAUUUGGCUGCAUUUGACUUGUAUUUCUUCUCCCUCCCCAUAAAAUUAAAGCAUUUCAGAUUGAGGUGCGUACCACAGAGCCCAUUACUCCUUCAUAGGAAAUGCCUAUGUCCCAAAGGUCACAUUGACAUGAUGCUUUAAUGUCAUGCCUGCCCAGUAAUAUCCUUUGGGAGCUGUCUCCCUCCAGUGACCCUUCCAGCCUAGGCUCAGACACCACAUGUACCUCUCAUGACUAGCCUGUAUCUGUUUGUGACAUAGAUCAUUUUUUUGAAUAUAGGCCCUCACAUCCUUUUUUUUUUUUUUUCUUUUCUUUUUAGCAGAAAAUACCUCAUUUACAUUAUCUUCUCACAAUAAGAAUCAGUUUAUGCCUCUUUGGCCAGAAUCAUUUGAUGACCAUCUGCCUCUCAGUGAUGGUGAUAGAUCUGAUCACUUGAUCAAGACAUCUAGUUUUGCACUAUAUCUUUUCCUCUUUAAAGUAAUAAUAUAUUUAGAGGCACUUUCAGACUAUGCAAAUAUCUUGCUCAUCAAAAUGUCUCCUUAGAUUUAGCACCACCGAUGUCUCUUACCUGUAAUGAUCUUUUACUAAGACAGCUGCAAAACGGUUUUCUAACUCCAGCACACUCCCUUCUUUACUAGCUGGACUUGAUAAUCUAUAAACAGACGCCCUUCCUUCAUCCCUAUGUAUUCAUUUAAUUUUCAUGUUGGUCUGUGGAAUGUCUAUUUAGUGAUUCUAACUUUUGUUUUGGUGUUCAAAUGGUCUCAACUUUGACUAAGUGGAGCACCUUCAGGCCAGCUCCUGCACCUUGUGACAUACUGUAUUUUUCACACUUCUAGGUUAACAAGAUGCUCCAUGCUAAUCUUGUAUUUACUCUGCCCUAAGCUUAAAAUCAGCCUUAUCUUCAACCAAUCCUGUUACUUUUAAUGGGUGUAGUACUAAAAACUAAGAUCUGGUUCAUCCAGACUAAAUGUGAUAUACUCUGAUUCUAUCCUGAAAUUUAUUUUAUCUUGAUCAUAGACCAAAUGAAUUUCUCCAUUUAGUUUGAAAAAUACUGCUCUACUCUAGGGGAACCGACUCCAGUGUCCCUGGCAUCUUUUAAAAGUCCAGUCCAUACAGGAUUUAGUCCCUCUAUUUCAGAAGUAGAGUGCAGAGGGCCGGGCAUAGUGGUACAGGUCUUUAAACCCAGCAGUUGGGAGGCAAAGGCAGGUAGAGCUCUUUGAGAUGAGGCCAGCUUGGUCUACAUAGCAAGUUCCAGGCCAGCUAAGCUGGGGCUACAGAGAGACCCAGUCUCAAAACACCAAAAAUAAGAGUACCCACAAAGCCUUGAGUGAGUUCAGUGCAGGCUCUGGGACAGUAAGGUGUUCCCCACUGGCUAGUGCUGGACCUGGGAUUUGCCUAGAGACCUGUCUGGGACAAGAGCUAUUUUUCCAAAGAUCCAGCCUAGAAAAGUACAGCUGACUAGGUUCAUCCUCUCUGUUGGGCGAGGAUUACACUUAUAUGUCUGUCUUUUCAAAGGCUUUGCUGAUGGAAGCUACAGAGAACUUUGAUUGGACCUUUCUCUUAGACUUGGGUACAGAGUCUCAGAAAUGCCCCUUAGCCCACACAGCACUAACUAGGACCAUCACUGCACUGCGACUGCUACAGGAAGCACCUUCCAAAAGAGGCAGAUUUGCUGUUAACUGAGUUUGGUCUAAAUAAACCUCAAAAGGCAAGCUGUUUUCCUCUAGGAUUGCCUUCCCACACAGCUAACUCCACCUUGUCACUGUAUGUUUAUCUUCUAGACCAGUGCAGGCUUUUGAAUUUUCUCACUAAGGACAAACUCUGGCCCUGUACAGACAGGUCCAUUCUUAACUCAUAAAAUGUCCUUUAUGUGUAAUAAAAUCAUCUUGGGAAAUUGAGCAUAACCCUCCAAGGAUAUUUCAUGUUUUCUUCUUUUGUUUUAUAUAAUGUGUAUUGUAAUUUACAAAGUGAAAUGCUUAAGUGUCACAUUCCUAAUUAGGCAUUUUUUUCUAGAUUUAAACUUAAAAGCUUUAGAGCUUCUAAACUGAAGAACAGAAUUGUCAUUCUGGUAAUUUACUAAAUUUUUAAAAUUUGGUGUAUGCUUACCAAAUGGCAGAUACUGCAUUUUUGGUUUUGAGGGCUGGUGAGACAGGGUCUCUUGGAGCCUGAUCCUCCUGCCUCCACCUCCCAAGUGCUGGGAUUACAGGGAUAAUCCACUACACCUGGUACUCUUCAUUUAUUAACACUUUCUGAACACCCGAGUUCAAGGUGGUAGCAACAUGGGAUGGUCAGUAAAUUCCCAUUUCCUGCCUUCCCCUCUCCACACUGGGGCCUGCUGGUAGGCCCCAGAUUUCCAACUAAAGCUUCUCUAUCUGAAGAUAAUUUAUGCAUUUAAUGUAUUUCCACAAACAAUCUGCUCAACAUUGUUUCUAGGAUUAACAAACUCGUGACAAUAGUUUUAACAAUGCUAUAUUUUAAAUAGUGGUAAUGGGAUUCUUAGGGGUCAUACACACAAGACUAGGGAACAGAGCAGGACUGAUGAUAUUCAUCUUAACAGGUCAGGCAGCUGAGGCCCAGAGAGGGGAAGAACCCAUUUGACCCAUAAUAGAUCCGAGCUAGACCAGAUACAUGCUUCUGCCAGUCUUGUGCCGUGAUUUGUUUCAAACUCAAAACAGUUGACCUCACUUAAGGGACAAGGUCUUUUAAGGGAUGCCAGAAAUAUUUAGAAAACAAAUCUUAAGAACUUGGAGAGCAACCAUACAGGUUUUAAGAGUGGUGCUACAUGAAAGGAAAAGUCACAAAGCUUUGCCUUUCGUGAACAAAACUUCCUGAUUCUAAAAGAAAUUCCUCAAGGCUGGGAGAUGGCUCAGCCAUCUUGGCUGCUCUUCCAGAGGACCUGAGUUCAGUUCCCAGCACCCACAAUGGGCUGCUCACAACUGCCUCUUAACUCUAGCUCCAGGGGUUCCGAUUCCCCUCUGGCUUCCUGAGGGCACCUACGCACACGUGCAGACACAAGUACACAUAAUUUUUAAAAAUAAUCUUUAAAUUUCUCCCAUAUUUUAUUCAGUUCAGUAAUUCAGAACAUGCAAAUUGCACUAGAUCAGAAAGUACAAAAUUUGAAAAUGACCCCUGCAUAAUUAGUUUGGAUAUUGUGGUUGGACAAGAUGAGGACCUAUGUAGGCCCUUCCCCCACCCAUGCAUUUCUUGGCUACAACAAAGACCUUUUAAGAACCUCAGUGCAGUGGGUGGCUUUGUCAAGCCUCCCUCUGCCUUGUUUUUCAGUAAGCAGAACAAUAAAGCCAUCUGAAACGGAAGGGGUUGCAAAGGGAAAUUCUGGAAGCCAUAGAAAAUAAGGACAUUUCCAGCAGAGGGAUGAAAUGAAAAAUGCCUGGGGCUAAUUGAAAGGAUAACCUGUGAUGCUUCACCUUAGCUAGCACUGGGUUGGAUGCAAACUCUUAAGGAAAACCA